UGAAAUACUGAAAUGGUUUUUUUGAGGCCCAAUGAAGACUAAUGAAGCCUAGGCUAGGGUGAAGAAGAGGUGAAGGUACAAGGACAAUCACGAUUUAUUACGACUUUAAGCUACCAUACCACUGAGCCUUCUUCUUUCUUCCUUCUUCCUCCGCCAUUAAAGAAAAGCUUGAAAACACCAAGCUCCAAUUUCUCUACCAGAGUUAAUUAAUCCUUCUACAACAUAUACAUAUACACAUAGUUAAUUAAUCCUUCUACAACAUAUACAUAUACACAUACAUCUUAUGAUGGAAGAUGACGACGAAUUUGGAGAUCUUUACACAGACGUAUUAAGUAACUUUCCUUCAUCUACACCGUCAAUUCCACCGCCAAUUUCAUGCCUUCCGAUUGAUCUCAACCUUCAAUCAGACGACACAGAUGAUAUCCCCAAUUCCAAUUUCAAUAAAGAGAAACAAGAAGAAGAACAACAACAAGAAGAAGAAGAAGAAGAAGAGAAGGUUAGUUUCGUAAAUAAACAAGGAGAUUCCAGAAACCCUAAUCAAGAGAAUUCCAACAAUCAUAUUACAACAACAGGGAAUGAAAUUAGGGUUUUGGACUCCGCCGAUUUUAAUUUGGAAGGUGUUAAGAAGAGGGAUAAAGAUGAUACGAUUCGAUAUGAUGAGGUUCAUGAGCUUAAUUUUGGUUUAGAAGAAGAUUUAGGUUCGGAGCCUGUUAUACCUGGGCUUAAUAAUACUAAUAAUACUCUUCUUCCUGCUUCGGUGGCGGCACCGGUAUCGGUACCGAUACCGGCACCUGUUGUUGUUGGUGGUGGUGAGGAGUGGGAUGAUAGUGAGAGUGAUAGUGAGGAUGAUUUGCAGAUUGUGUUGAAUGAUACUCAUCAUCAUCAUGGUACUAUGGGUAUGGACCCUAAUGGGAUGAUGAUUCAUGGAAGUGAUGAUGAUGAUGAUGAAGAUGGUGAACCACUUGUUAUUGUUGCUGAUGAUCAUACUGCUGCUGUUGCUGCUGCUGCUGCUGCUGGAGGUGUGCAACCUGUGGAGGAUCAAGAGUGGGGAGACGAAGCUGGACAAUCUGCUGAAGGUAAAGAUAAUGCUGAUGCUGCUAAAGCGAAUGCCGGACUCGCUACUGCUCCUAAAAGUGGUUAUGCUCCUUAUGGGUAUCACCCCUUUCAUUCUCAGUUUAAGUAUGUAAGACCUGGUGCAGUACCUCUGCCUGGAGGACCUCCUGUUGGUUCAGGUGGAGCCCCUGGUCAAGUUCGUCCCCCAGCCAACAUGAGCCCUAUGGUUGGUCGUGGAAGGGGUGAUUGGAGGCCACCUGGCAUGAAAGGUCCUGCAAUGCAGAAGGGUUUUCAUCCGGGAUUUUGGGGUAGCAAUCAGCCUGGACGUGGUCUGGAAUUCACUCUUCCGUCUCACAAGACUAUUUUUGAUGUUGACAUUGAUAGCUUUGAGGAAAAACCAUGGAAAUAUCCUGGUGUAGAUGUAUCAGAUUUUUUCAAUUUUGGCUUGAAUGAGGAGAGUUGGAAGGACUAUUGCAAGCAGUUGGAACAACUGCGCUUAGAGUCUACAAUGCAGAGCAAAAUUCGCGUUUAUGAGAGUGGCCGUGCGGAACAGGAGUAUGAUCCUGAUAUGCCCCCAGAACUCGCAGCAGCUGCUGGUAUGCAUGACUCAGCGGAAAAUGUGGAUGCCACAAGAGCUGAUGGUGGACUAGGUGACUUGGCUAAAGCAUCUGCUCGUGUGCGGCCGCCAUUGCCAACCGGCAGAGCCAUACAAGUAGAAACUGGUUGUGGAGAGCGCUUACCCUCUGUUGAUACUCGGCCACCACGUGUCCGUGAUUCAGAUGCAGUCAUUGAGAUUGUAUUGCAGGAUUUUGUUGAUGCUGAAUCUACUGGUAAUGAUGCUGAAUCUGCUGGUAAUGAUGCUGAAUCUGCUGGAAAUGAUGCUGAAUCUGCUGGAAAUGAUGCUGAAUCUGCUGGAAAUGAUGCUGGAGAGCACCCAGAUAAUGAUUCUGCAAGAGAGGAAGACCAGGUAGAUGUGGUUGAUGAGGAUGGUCCUCAGAGUAGGGAUGUGUGUUUUGACAGUCGUCCACAGGGAUAUGAUGUUACAAAGGAGGAUGGUUCACGGAAAAGGUCGCCAGUCAAGAAUUCUCAUGCUGAGAUAGACGAUGAUGAAGGGGACAGAUCUUCACCUCAAAGAGCACUAAGUGAUCACCAUCUUGGCUCAAGAGAUCACGCUUCUUCCGACAAUGCUGGUUCACCAUAUGAGGAGAGAUGGACAAAGGAAAAGACACGCCAGAGAUCCCCUCACAUGUCAUCAGGUGAGAGUGCUUUGGACAGAAGAUCUGUUGAUUAUCAAAGGGAAGAUUCUGUUGAGAGCAUGGAAGCGAAGCAUAGUCCUGAGUCAUCCUCUGCUACUCCCAUAGAACAUGCUCGAGAAGGAAGUUUGGAAAGGAAAAUUGCCGAGGCUGAAGAUGUUCCAGAUGAUAUAGAGCCUGGAAAAAGUAAAGAAGACACUAAUUUGGUUGCUUCUAGUAAUACCUCAAAGGACAAGCAUAUUCAUCCCAAAAAACAACAAAAACUAAGUCAUCAAGUGGAGUUGCCAGCGAGUAAAGAAUUUGAUGAAGGGGGUGACUUUAAAAUCUCCAGAAGUAGUGACAACAGUAAAGGUACUGGAAGCAGCAGAGAUCAUCCAAAGUGGCGCGAGGGGGUUGAUGAGGAAGUUGUGCAAAAUGGGCGUUCCACUUACCUCGGUGAUGUCAAGAGAAAUCAUGGUGAUAGUGGACAUGAUUUACGGAGAAAAGAUCGUGAUGGGAGAAUGGAGCCCGAACGAAAUUAUAUGGUAGCAAAGGGGAGGGAGGAUCAUUAUUCUCAUCGAGAUUGGGAUCCUCAUGCCACCAAUCAUUUCCAUACAAAAUCAGAGAGUAGUGACCGGAGGAAAGAGAGGGAUUACACUGAUGUUAGUUGGCAACGGCGAGAUGAAGAUCCGCAUGGACGUAGGAUUAGGGCUGAAGAUAUUAGGAAGCAGGAGCGUGCUGAUGAGAUGGUAUCCAGACGUAGGGGUAAGGUUAGGGAAGUUGAUAGAAGUGACAAAGAUGAAUAUGUCCAGCCAAGAAAAGUUUUGGAUAAUGGCAUUUGGAGAGGUUAUCAUGACAAAGAUGCGGGUUUACGUUACAGGGAAAAGGAUGAUGUUUCAAAGAGUCGAUUCGAGAUCUUUGAUGAUCAUCACAGUAAGAGAAGGAAAGAUGACGAGCAUGCAAGAAGAGACCAUGUUGAGAAAGAAGACAUAUUGCUUUCUCAUAGAGACAGCAGCAGUACUCGUCGGAAGCGAGAAAGGGACGGGAUAUUAAAUCUAAGGAAGCGAGAGGAUCAGCCAAGGAUUAGAGACAACAUGGACGAUCAUCAUUCUGUUAGGCUUAAGGAUGAAGUUUGGGUGCAGAGGGAGCGGGCUGAGCAGCAAAGAGAUAGAGAUGAAUGGUAUCGUGGUAAACAAUCUUAUGAGGAAAUUUUGUCCAGAAGAGAGAGAGAAGAUGGACGAGCUCCUAUUAGGAGCAGUAGAAAUGUAGAAGAGAAGACAUGGGUUGGCCAUUCUCGUGGCGGAGAGGAGUACAAGGGACACGAUAAAGAUGCGGGAAGGCACGGUGACCAGCUUAAGAGGAGGGAGCGGCUUGAAGAGGAUCCAAGUUUGCAGCAUCGAGGAGGUGAGGAUGUCUAUGCACGUGGAAGUCAAUUUGCUAACGAGGGGAAAAGGUCAAGGCAAGAAAGGUCCAGUACUCGAAAUAGUCGUGCUGAUGCUUCAGAAAAUCAGAGGUUGCAUGAGAGAAAACACAAAGAAAAUGUCAAAAAGGCUAGAGAAUCUGAAACUCACAGCACUUUAGGGCAAUCCAAGAGACAUCAAGGAGAUAGAGGCAUGCCAAAUGAGAUGGCUGAUGUAAAGCGCAGGAGUGAACAAGCUAUGGGUGAGCAUGAUACCUCAUUGCGCAAUCUUACUAAAGAAGGCGGAGAUGAUGCUUCCUCCGAUGAUGAACUGCAUGAUUCAAAGAGAGGGAGAUCCAAGCUGGAACGCUGGACGAGUCAUAAGGAAAGAGAUUAUGAUGUCUACUCAAAGUCGUCUUCUUUGAAGCAUAAGGCGAUCUGCAAGGAUAAAAAUGCUGGCUCUGCAACAUCUUCUGGAAUUCAUGAUGAAUUUGCCAAGAAGGUCGAGGCUGUCGAUAGUAAUCAACCUUUGCCAUUGGCUGCAAUUAAAGAGGGUGGAGGUUCAGAGAAGGAAGGAGAUGAAAGACCAAUGGAUGGUCGACACCUGGAUACAGUUGAGAAAUUGAAGAGGCGCAGUGAGCGUUUUAAGCUUCCAUUGGCGAGUGAGAAGGAUCCACUGGCAAUUAAGAAGAUGGAGAGUGAACCUUUGCCUUCCUCUCAAAUUGACACUCCCGCACCCACUAAUGCAGAAGUCAAACAUGAGCGGCCUCCCAGGAAACGGAGGUGGAUAAGUAGCUAAAAGCGUGAGUAGAGAGGAAGAGAGCACAUUCAUUUAUUGUCCACUUGUCCCUGCUUUUGGCUUCUGGAUCGACCAGUUAGCUCUAUCCAGAACUGUGAAGAUGGUGUAUGUGUCGGCUUCAAGCUCACCCCAAGAUGUCACAUUACAAAUUAUAAGAUGGUGACAAUGUGCAGUCCGAGUUAAUUUGGUUCUUUCUAUCAGCGCUGCCUGCCACUGUAUGCUUUUUUAAAAAAUGUAGUGUGUAAAUCCUAAAUGUAUAACUGAAAUCUAACUAAAUCUGACAUUGAUGGUAUUGGGUGGCACAAGCAUAUGUGUAUUGUACCUUAAAUGGUGAUACCAUGUUAUGAACUAUUGAUGCAACCACAGAUCAAUUGCCGGAAAGAACCGCCCAUUGAUCGAAAAAGAAAGGACUCCACACAGGUCAUAGUGCAGGGUUUCAUCGUGAACGGAUAAGAAGCCAUUAGAGCUGACAACAUCACCAUAUUGUUACAGGAGCAUUGAGUGGUGAGUGAAAGACUGAAAGUCUGAGCUUCUGCUUGUUUUUGAAGCAGACAACUUCUCUCACAUGACAGUUUGUGGGAUUUCUUUUCUGUACUUUAUUGUAUUUCUAAUCUAGCUGUUCUCGUACACAGUAACAUUCUAGUCUGAAACCUUAUUUUGAUAUUUGCUUCGUUAUAGUACUAUAGUAUACAUUUGGAAAUUUCUUAUACAGCAACUUAAGGAUACGAGUUGCCUGAAAAUGAUACCCAAAAUUUUUUGUAACUUGUAAGGGUAUAUUCUUCUGUAGUCAUGUAGGUUUUUAGUGUAAUUUAUUUUUUUGUGGACAAGCGUGCCCAAAAUCUAAUUUAAUCUAUUAUUUAUUUACAGAA